GGCUGACGCCGGCGCCGUGCGCUUCACUGGGCUGCUCGUCUCUUCCUUGAGCGCUGCGUGCUGCUGCUGCUCCUGCUGCUGCCCGGCGGCCUGCGUCGCAUUGCGCGUGCGCUUGCGCGCCGGCACGAUGCUGACGAAGAUGGGCGACUCGGAGCGCUCGCGCUGCCGCGAGAUUGCCGAUCAGCCCCGCUUGCUCCUCGCUACGCUCGAUGAGCAGAUGGCUACUCACAUCAGACCCGCCUGCAUCCUGACUCGCAGCCAUCGCAGCCGCACGCCGUGCGCGCAGCUAUCGAAGAACGUAGAGUCGAGGAGCCGGAGACGAAGAGUCGGAGACGAAGAGCUGUCGGAGUGAGGGCGAGAAGGAUGCGCACGAGGGCGACGAGACGGACUGCUGCGCUCAGAGAGAUGAGACGCAGUGCCGCGCUCUUACGCGAGGCGCAGUGGAGCGUCCGAGAUUACGCAGAAGCGAAGGUGUCGAGGUGUCGAGGUGUCGGAGUGAGGGCGAGAAGGGGACGCGCGGCGCAGUCGCUGCUGCAGACGGCGGGAUGUGCCGCUGCUGCGGACGGCGAGGUGUGCCGCUGCUGCGGACGGCGAGGCGUGCCGCUGCUGCGGACGGCGAGGCGUGCCGCUGCUGCGAGGACUUCGCACAAUGGCGCGCUCGAAUGUGCAGAGAAGAGGUGUCGCGGUGUCGGGCGUCGGAGUGAGGGUGAGAGAGAGAGACGUGUGCGGCGGCGGUGGGCGGCCGCGCGGCGGCGGUGUGCAGCCGCGCCGGCUGAGGGAUGAGGCAAGCGGGAGGGCCGUGCGGCGAGAUGGCCGCGGG